AAUCAAGUCACAAUGGUUAACGUCCCAAAAACUAGAAAGACCUACUGUAAAGGUAAGGAGUGCAGAAAGCACACUCAACACAAGGUUACCCAAUACAAGGCCGGUAAGGCUUCUUUAUUCGCUCAAGGUAAGAGAAGAUAUGACCGUAAGCAAUCUGGUUACGGUGGUCAAACCAAGCAAAUUUUCCACAAGAAGGCUAAGACUACCAAGAAGGUUGUCUUGAAGUUGGAAUGUGUUGUCUGCAAGGCCAAGUCCCAAUUGCCAUUGAAGAGAUGUAAGCACUUCGAAUUGGGUGGUGACAAGAAGCAAAAGGGUCAAGCUUUGCAAUUCUAAAAGUGAUAAUCAAAGAAUUGUUAAUGAAUUUGAAUAUGAUAAAAAGUCAUUAUUGGUGAGCAAUUGCUUCAUGGAAUGGUGUUGCAUACACAUUAAUACACUAAUGACGUUUGUAAUAUAAAUAUAUUAUUGUUCAUUCCCAUUUUGUGAAGAGCCGUCGAUAGUCCAUUUUUAUUGAGGUUUAUACUUUUUGGUUUAUCAUUUAUACUAUAGUAAAAAUAGCUUUUAG